CAUCAAGUCUCAUAAGUCCUCCCUUCCGUCUCCUGCCGCUCGCCGACCCCGUCGCCGUCGCCGUCGCUGGCGUGCGCGGGCGCGAUAUUCCGCCGAGCACCUCGCGCGCCGCCAUGUCCGGCAAGGGUUGCCUCCCUGAGGGCGAGCUCGCCGCGCUGUCCAGGGUCUGCCGCGACGGGGCCGCGGCGGCGCGGCUCAAGACGGGCUCCCUGCUCGCAAUCCUCAUCGCCAGCGCCGUCGGCGUCUGCCUCCCCGUCGCGCUCACCAGGGCCUUCCGGGGCCGGGACGGGUACGCGCGGGGCCUGCUCCUCGUCAAGUGCUACGCGGCCGGGGUCAUCCUCUCCACCUCCCUCGUCCACGUCCUCCCGGACGCCUACGCGGCGCUCGCCGACUGCGCCGUCGCGUCGCGCCGGCCCUGGAAGGACUUCCCCUUCGCGGGGCUCCUCUGCCUCGUCGGCGCGCUGCUCGCGCUCCUCGUCGACCUCUCCGCCUCGUCGCACCUCGAAGCCCACGGCCACCAGCAGCCGCAGCAGGAGGAGGGCCAGCCCUACGCCCCAAUCCCCACCACCAAGAAGGCCCCCGCCUUCGAGCUCACCGGCGAAAUGAGCCCCAGGAAACGCGCUUUCCUGGACGAGAGUGACCGCGACGACAAGAAUGGCGGCGACCCGGACCGGGACGACGUGGCGCUCUUCGGUCCCAAGAAAGGCGCCCGGCUGCCCCGCAGCGAUGAGCCCGUGGUCCCUGUUGUCGGGUGCCAUGGCGCUGGGCAUGAGGUGGUGGAGGUCGGGGAGGGGGAGGAGGAGGAGGCGAGGAAGAAGCAGAAGAUGGUGUCCAAGGUGCUGGAGAUUGGGAUAGUGUUCCAUUCCGUCAUCAUUGGGGUGACCUUGGGGAUGUCGCAGGACGUCUGCGCCAUCCGGCCGCUCGUCGUCGCGCUCUCCUUCCACCAGGUCUUCGAGGGGAUGGGCCUAGGCGGCUGCAUCGCACAGGCUGGUUUCGGAAUGGCAACAGUGGGUUACAUGUGCAUAAUGUUCUCGGUGACAACACCAUUGGGAAUACUUCUUGGGAUGGCAGUCUUCCAUAUGACUGGUUAUGACGAUAGCAGUCCAAAUGCCCUAAUAAUUGAGGGCCUUCUUGGUUCACUCUCUGCCGGAAUCCUUGUCUACAUGGCGCUCGUGGACCUCAUUUCUCUUGAUUUCUUCCACAACAAGAUGAUGUCAUCAUCUCUGAAACUGAAGAAGGCCUCUUAUAUUGCAUUGGUGCUUGGAUCUGCUUCUAUGUCGAUAUUAGCUCUCUGGGCAUAGGUCAUAGUGAAAUGUAUAGAGGGAUCAUUCUCAGAUUCCAACAUCUUGCAGUGCAUAUCUAUGGACUCAUACUUCCCCUAUGUAUAUCUGAAAUGACACGUUAUGGGGAACUGGAAAUGGAAAUCGACCAAUGCUUCUGUUACUUUGCAGCUAAAACUGAUGCCUGUUAUACACUAAUGUGUAUAACCAACACCCUGAUUUACCUUUCAGUUGAUACCGUGCACUGUAAUAGACUGGACUUUUCUUAAAGAUGAAACCUUAUAUUGUUGCCAAAUUUGGAAUUCAUGUUCAGAAGGAAGGCAUCCUUGUGUGUAGAGUUAGUAAGUUCCUUGUA